ACACACCAAAAAAAAAAACACGAGUUCGGACACUGCUCGUAUUCAACCUCCGACACGCAGACUCGAGUUGGAAACAUUCGGAGUUAAUCGGGACCGAAGGGGAGAGACGCCUCAAGACGUACGUGAGGAGGACGUGUGAGAAUACACUUGCGGAAAAAUGGGUGCCGGCUUGACUCUGUGCUGCUGUCACUUGUAUCUGAAGUACAAAAGGGGGACGAAAAAUGCCGGUUUGCGCAUGCACACGGCCAAAGCUUCCAAGACAACGGAGCAGCUGUCCGACGAAAGCAGCCAUGACGACACAGAGGAGGAGAUUCCGUUCGGCCGGCAGCUCGAAACCGGGCCUCCGUGGGUCGCGCAGCAAAACCUGAGGAGAAAUAAAGGCGCCGCCUCAUCCGCGAGAAGGGAAUCGGACCGAGAGCUGCAGGCUUUCAUCAGCAUGAGGAAUCAGGUUGACAAGGCCACAGAGGAAUGGGAACAGCUGAACUAUGACAUCCAUACGUUACGCUACACCAGACGAGAAGUGAGAGCACGAUGGAAGAAAAUCCUGCUGCAAAUGGGUUAUCAGUCUGAGGCGGAUGCCUUGUUGGACGUCAACAAGCAAAGUUACUUCAAUCGAGAGCGAUCGCCUUGA